CCCCUAGACCAGUGCUGCUGUGGCUCAGUUUUGUUGCUGUUUUCACAACUUCGCACUUAGUUUCUCCCGUUUCCUUUUACUUCCUGUUAGCGUAGUAGUUCUUGGGGGCUUCUGUUAGCGACUGACUCAGAUGCUCAAGUUGCUGUCCGCCCUUUCCUGCUUCCGUUGAACUACGAAUACUAAAACUAACUUCGUUCGGCGACCUUGCUAGUCCAGCUGUUGCGAUGGCGUUCUGUCUGAAUGAGCCGCCGCCGACAACGUGGGAGAUUUCGCCACGUCAGACCGACACGAGAGAAUCAUACGUUCGGACCGCCGAGAAAUGCGGCGGGAACCUCGGCCUCUCCCUCAGCCUGAGCUUUGGCAACGCUGACGGGGAUUUUAAGGCCGCAACUCACGGCGAGAGGCCCGCAAUCGCUGCACCCGUAAAAACCGAAGAAAUGUACUCCCCGUAUAAUCGUUUGCCGAAUCUUUUCCGCGGUCAGAGCGACCCGGCGGGGUCCAGCCAUGGCCGGUCGCUAACUGACCCCAUUCCCGCGCCACUCUCUUUGCCGCCGCCGUCGCUGCCGUCGCUGCCGACGCCUGUACAGUGUUCACCUGAGGAGAAACCCUCAUUCGACACAAGCCCUCAAUCGACGCUGCCGCCGGUAGUUCUGACUGAGGACCAGAAGCAGCAGCAGCCGCCGCCGCCGCCGCCGCCGGUGCUGUUAAACGAGGAGCAGAAGCAGCAGCUGCUGCGGCUGCUGCAGCAGCACCACCAGAAGCUCCUUCAGGUGCAGCAGCACAAGCAGCAGCUGCAGAACCAGCUCGCCGCGCCGCUCCCAACCCUAUCAAAUCUUCAGGGAUCAAAUCUUCGCGGUCAAGACGAUAUCCUGACGUCAGCCGCCGCGCAUAUGGCUUCGCAGGCGGCUCCCGCGGCGGCUCCCGCGACCAUGGCGCCGGCUCUCGCGGCAGCUCUAUCCGCCUCACCAAGUCCGCUGCUCAAUUCCCAAGUCGUAUCAAACCUGCUAGGCGGUUCGAGCAGGCUAGAUGCUGUCUCCCUAUUGGCUCGCCUCUGGAGCGCCCCAGCCGCCGCAAAUCCCGCCGCCGCUGGUAGUGACCCUUCCCCUUCGCCGUUCUCCGCAGGCCUUCUCCGCGGCCCUGCUCUAGUCCCCGCCGCGGAGUACACCACCGCCGCGGAAGCUGUUUCCGCCACGCCUCCCCGCGCCUUUCUGCGCGACCUAAGCACGCGGAGCGCCGCGGGGGGAGUCUUCACGUCCUUGCAGGGCGGAAGCGGCGGACUGGGGGGAGCUAGCGCCAGUAGCGCAGCCGCUGCUAUGGCGCACAGUGCCUCCGCGGAUAUUGGCGCGGGGGGAGCGGGACUCGUGGGGAUGGCGAGGAGAGUGGCGGAACUCUUGGGCGCGAGGGCGGAGGGUAGUACUUGCGCGGAUGCUGCUGGUUUAGCUGCUGGUGCUGCUGCUGCUGUUGCCGCUGCUCCUGGUGCUGGUGCUGGUGUUAAUAGGUGGAGAUACCAUCAUGCUGACGUGGACGCGGCGGAGGGUAUGGGUGAGGUGGGAGAGGGCGGAGGUGAAGAAAGGGACGGCGAGAGGGAAGCGGAGGGAGACGGGGAGGGAGACGGGGAGGGAGACGGGGAGGGAGACGGGGAGGGAGACGGGGAGGAGGAAGAAGCAUCUGAAGGUGGCAGUGGCGGCGGUAGCGGCGGUAACACAACUGUAAACGGCAACCAGAAGAAAAUGCGGCUCACACAAGAUCAGUUCUCCAUACUGGAACAGGUUUUCCAGGAGCACCCGAAGCUGACGGCUCGGCAGAAGACGAGCCUGGCGGCGAGGCUCGGCGUGCGGGUGCGGCAGGUGGAGGUGUGGUUUCAGAACCGGCGCGCGCGCACCAAGGUGAAGCAGACAGAGGCGCAGCUGGAGGGGCUGAGGAGGCGCUGCCAGCAGCUGGCGGACGAAAACAAACGGCUCAAGCUGCAGCUCGCCAGGCAGGAGAGGGGGGAGCGGGGGGAGAGGGGGGAGCGGGGGGAGAGGGGGGAGAGGGGGCAUGGGAUGGGGGCGGGAAAGAGGAAUAGGGAGAGGGAAGCUGAGGAGGACAAGGGAUUGAGUGGGAAGAGGGUGAAGAUGGAGGAGAGCUGCGUAGAAUGGGAGCUGUGUGGGUCGUGUAAGGGGGAGGUGAAGGAAGCAAAGCAACAGGUGGCGAUGGGGGAUGAGGGGCCUAAUGUUGAGCCCACGAUGAGGAUGUUUCUGUAAGGUUGGCUCAUUAUUACCGGUAAUAGAAAUGUAUAUACUGC